CAUCAAAGUGUUGGCACGGCCUUGUAUUCUUUUUAAAGUGAUAUUCACAUUUAUCAACACUCUCAUUAGAAGAAUAUACGUCUUACCCAACCUUAUUUCCUUGUACUUCUCACCUUAGUCUUUAUUUGAAAGACUGAUCAACAAUGGGCAAUGGGCAAUGUUCUGAAUCCAAUUUCUUGUCCACUAAACUUCUGCAAGAAAACUAAGAAACCGAUGCCAAUCCAAACCAUGUUCAAGCUUCCUUAUCCAUUGCCCACGUGGCCACCCGGUGAAAGUUUUGCAAGAGGAACCAUUGAUCUAGGAGGAAUAGAAGUGUGUGAAAUAUCAUCUUUCACCAAAGUUUGGGCAACCCAUGAAGGCGGACCGGACAAUCUUGGUGCCACAUUUUUUGAGCCAUCCCCAAUACCUGAUGGAUUCUUCAUGCUUGGUUGCUAUGGCCAACCCAACAACGCACCACUUUUUGGAUGGGUUCUGGCUGCAAAGGAUGUCACAAAUGACCCAUCCGGUGAAAUUCUAAAGCAACCAAUUGACUACACUCUUUAUUGGAGUAGUGAGUCUCUGAAAAUUAAGCAAGAUGGUAAUGGCUAUAUAUGGCUACCAACACCACCUGAUGGAUACAAAGCUAUCGGUCAUGUUGUCACUAGUUCACCUGAGAAACCUUCCCUUGACAAAAUCCGGUGUGUUCGCGCUGAUUUCACUGAUGUAUGUGAGAAUGACUCAUGGAUUUGGGGACAAGAUAACCAAAAUUUCGAUGCAUAUGGUCUUAGACCAACUAGUAGAGGGAUUCAAGAUCUAGGUGUCCCUACUGGCACAUUUAUAGCUCAAAAUGGUGGUGGGGCAUCACCUUCUCUAUCCUGUUUGAAGAAUGUGAAAGCUAAUUUGUGUUGCAUGCCCAUUCAAAGCCAAAUUCAAGCAUUGGUUCAAGCUUACUCUCCAUGGAUUUACCUUCAUCCUGAUGAACAAUACCUUCCCUCCUCAGUGAGUUGGUAUUUCAAACAUGGUGCCCUGUUAUACAAGAAAGGGGAAGAAUCCAAACCUGUUUUGAUUGAACCCACCGGCUCAAACCUCCCCCAAGGUGAUUCAAAUGAUGGUUCCUAUUGGCUUGACCUCCCAACAGAUAAAGCAGCCAAAGAACAAGUCAAGAAAGGCAAUUUACAAGAUGCAGGAGUUUAUUUACACAUAAAACCCAUGUUUGGAGCAACAUUCACUGACAUUGCCAUAUGGGUUUUCUAUCCAUUUAAUGGGCCAGCCAGGGCUAAAGUUGAGUUCAUUAAUAUUUCCUUAGGUAAAAUAGGUGAACAUGUUGGUGAUUGGGAACACGUAACCCUAAGGGUAAGCAAUUUUAAUGGAGAGCUAAAAAGUGUGUAUUUCUCAGAACACAAUGGAGGUAGAUGGGUUAGUGCACCAGAGCUUGAGUUCCAAGGUGGUAACAAACCAGUGACAUAUGCAUCGUUGCACGGCCAUGCUUUUUAUUCAAAACCUGGACUUGUGCUUCAAGGGAGUGAUGGAAUAGGCAUUAGGAAUGACACUGCCAAGAGUAAAAUGGUGAUGAAUACUGGGGAGAGGUUUUUGGAGGUGGCGGCAGAGUACUUGGGAUCGGAAAUUGUUGAACCACCAUGGUUGAACUAUGCUAGGGAAUGGGGUCCCAAAAUUGAGUAUGAUAUUGAAGUUGAGAUCAAGAUGGUGGAGAAGUUGUUGCCUGGAAAGCUAAAAAAAAUGUUUGACAAGUUCAUUAGAAGUCUACCUAGUGAAGUGUUGGGUGAGGAAGGGCCUACUGGCCCCAAAAUGAAAAAUAAUUGGAGCGGAGACGAAAAUUAAUUGAAGCUCCCUUCAUCUCAAAUUGUUAGUGGAUUGUAAUUUGAAAUUUCUUUUAGUUUUAAUUCCCUUCAAUUUUUCACAUUCUAUCAAUGUAAUUCAAUUGGUAACAUUGUUAAAAAAAAGUAGGCAAA